UUACUUUAAAAUUCAACUCUGAUUUGAAACUUAUGUAAAGUAUUGUUGCGCUGUGCGCUACUAUUGAUAUUCCGCUUUUACAUUGAAUAUAGCGCGCGAGUGCUUCUUAAAGUGCAGAAAUGGCAGCCGGUAUUAAGUACCACAUUCAACGGGAAGUUUUCGAUGCGUUGGACGAACGGAUUCUAUCGGUGUGCAAUGUAAGUAAAUUGCUGAAGAAGAAAAAAGCUUCAUACCUUUGUGUUGUGGCUACUACAAAACCCAGAAUAGUGGUGUCGAUUUGCCAAGUGAAACAAUACGACAAGGGCGUAUGGAAAAAGAAACGUACGUGGACGUUAGAAGACGUGAAGGGUGUGGACGGUAGAAAUGAGUCACCAGAAACACACGAAUUUGAUCUCAACCUGGAAAAGGUUUACCGUUGGUUUGCAGCAAAUUUGCACGAGAGACAAAACUUUUUAACUGUUUUAUGGAAGCAACUGCAGAAGUAUGUUCCGGAGGAAGAGAAACCGGUUUUUAAGAACGUCCCGAAGGCUUGGCUUACGGAGCGAUCGCCCGAAAAAACACUUAAUGAGAAGUUUGCCACGAUGGGAGCUCGGCCUCCGGGAGCGGAAGACGAGGAUGAUGAAAUGGACGAGGUCGAAAGUGAGGAUUUCCAUGCGCUCACCGAGAAAGAGGAAACCAAUCUGGGCAAACUAAUUGGGGAAUGUGAUUAUGCCAUCAGUAAUGCUGAACAAUUUAUCGAGCAACUGGGAAAGAACCUGCAGGAACUCGAUGGUGCAAAUAUUCAAAGUGUGCUAGCUUCCGAAAAACAGGUUAAUGCUUUGAUGGAUCAAAUCGAAACUGCCAUUCUGGAAGCGGAAAAAGUCGAAAAACGGUUAGACGAUUACGAUGAAAUUCUCUGUCAUAUUCGAGAUACCAUGGAAAAAAUGGGCGAAAAGAAUCAGAUGAUCGAAAUUGCCAACACGAACAACGUCAAAUUGUUACAAGAAUUGGAGAAAGUAGUCUUCCAGCUGGAUUUGCCGCAUGUCCAUCAGCUAGCACUUACGGAUACGGACCUAACCCCGAAAGGGCUCUCUACUGCAAUCGCUGCAGGAAAGGCGUUACAAAACGCAAUGAACAGCGAUAUUAAUCCUGCUUUGCUUAGACUGACGGCUGUCCAAGAUCAGCGGAAACGGUUCGAAAAGUGGAAAGCAAAAUUCUCACAGACUGUUAGUCGUCACCUCAACAACCUAUUUAUACAUUUAGGUAAUUUGGGAGACUCGCAAAACCCUCAUUCAAGUGAUUUAACUCUACCGAAGCAUAAUUCCGUUCACAAAGAGUUGUCCGCUUAUGCUGAAUUAAUGCACUGGAUGAAAGCAAUGGAUCGAAAAGCGUAUGAUGCUUUAAUUAAAGUUUACACCAGCUCAUUGAGCAAGGUUUACGAUAGAGAUAUUCGGAUCUUCUUUGAAACGGCGAAAUCCUCAAUAUCGGUUAAAAGGUUUGGUUCUCGAGAGGAUCUGAACAGCAGUUCAAUGAGCAACAAACUUAAAUUGGGUCAACAGAGCAAUAAAAUUCCUUCGCAACCGUAUGGUAUUUUAGGUAUAAACAGGGAACUUUGGGGUCCCGGUGCGGAACCGGUCGAACGACAAAAAUUUGACUCUAUUUUGGAGAAAGUUUUAGCAGAACUCGAACCAGUAGCGCUAAGUGAGCAACACUUUUGUAUAGCGUUUUUCCAACUAGAUGUAAUAAGUCCGACUGGAAAGAACACCCAGACUACGUUGGACGUGACAACUGCUCUGCAAGACAGGGAACGUGAUGAGAAAGAUACUGCUCUCGCUAUUCCACAGAAGCGACUAGAUCGACAGAUAAAUGAGGAUGUACGACGUAUGAUGGGAGAAUUGUUUAGCAAUUUGGAACAGGAACUCAACAAUUUUAUUCUCAGUUUUGAAAAACUCGACAGCUAUUAUUCGUUGUACGUCCUAGUUCGUCUAACGCAGCACGUAAUGUCCGCCCAGGACGCGCACUCUUUCCUUAGCAUGACAUUUGCUUCAGCACUGAUCCAUGUAAAAAGAAACUUCGAUAAAUUUAUGAACCUUCAAUUGCAGUCUAUUCAGGAAGCAAAAAUUCCAAAGCGAUCCAAAUGUGGGCUAUUACCAUACGUGGAAAACUUUGAAGAAUUUGCGGUAACUGCUGAGUCAAUAUUCAAGAAAACAGAACGUCGGAAUGAUCUAGAUCGAUGGUAUCUCAAAUUAGUCGAGGCUAUCUUCGAACAUAUUCCGUUGCAUGCUUUAGAACACCCUAAAACGCCACAACAGGUAGUGAAAAUGGAAAACUAUCACAGAAUGCAUUCGCUGUUGUCACAGCUGAAGGUGGUUGUACUGGAACAAUUGAAGAAGGACGCAAAAGUGCGAUACAACGAUGCACUGAAAGCAUAUGUGACUAAAUAUUUCGGACGUCCACUAGAAAAACUAAACCAAUUCUUUGAAGGCGUUCAGCAGAAAGUACAACAAGGUGUUAAAGAAACGGAAAUUAGCUACCAGAUGGCCUAUUCGAAGCAGGAACUUCGCAAAGUGAUCUCCCAGUACCCGGCAAGGGAGGUAAAAAAAGGUCUGGAGCAACUUUAUAAAAAGGUAGAAAAACAUCUCUGCGAUGAGGAAAAUCUACUGCAAGUAGUUUGGCGUGCAAUGCAGGAAGAGUUUAUCGCUCAGUACAAUUCGCUGGAACUUUGGAUCCAGCGAUGUUAUGCUGGAGCAAUGAUCACUCUUGACUUUACGAUCAAUGAUAUUUUGGAUUUUUUCUCCGAAAUUGCGCGAUCGCACUAGCAAGGGUUGAAUGUUAUACAUGGUUUUACUCACAGAUCGACAUUGCAGAACGUCAUACAAUUCCAGUCCUGAUAUCGACUUAAAAGUUAAGAAAUAUUUUAUAAGUAAUCUCUACUUUUUGUUGCACCAUAUUAUACUCUUAUUGUUAUAUUUACACACCUUAGAAUCUAGUGUAAACCUAUCUAGUUGUAGGUAAUCGAACAAAUAACUAUAAAAUCUCCCGUAUGUGGAGAGGUAAAACGCAAACAUAAACAAUUAUUUUGCUUAUCACUGAAAUAAAUGAAAUUGUAUAGAAGUUACUUCACCUGUUGAAUAA